AUGUUCGGAGGCGGCUCCGUGGUUGGAAAGCUGGGCGUGGCAAGCUUCAACCCUUUACUUUUCGCUUUGAUUCGGGAGGCAGUCGCCGGACCCCUACUGCUGGCCAUGGCUUUGUGCCUGGACGGGGCAUUGGCACCUCUUCGCAGCGACGUGGUGCUCUUCACGGGGAUGGGAAUCUGCAUCUUCACGAACCAAGCCUUCUUCAUCAUCGGCGACAAGCUGGCCGGCCCCGUGAUCAGCAGUGCCUGGCAGUGCAGUCAGCCCAUUUUCACGUUGUCGAUCAGCCUGGCGCUGGGCUGGGAGGGUGCUUCGCUUUUGAAAACGCUUGGCAUCGCUGUCUCCUUUCUCGGAGGCGCGUUCAUGAUCUGCUACGGUCAGCCUCUUCACAGCCCUGGCUUUGCGGGCAACAUCUUGCUUCUGCUGAACUGCCUGGGCACGUCGCUCUACGUCAUCCUCGGAAAGUUCGCCAUGGACAGGUAUCCAUCGCUGUCGAUAACGGCGUGGUCCUAUAUCAAUGCUUCUGUGAUGAUGGCGAUCGCCGCAGGCAGUCUGAACACCCAGUGCUGGUUCAUCGAAUUUGUGUGCCCGCCGGAUGUGGGCAGCACCGCGCAGUGCGGAACAAAACCGACUUCCUGCACCGCCUGGUCGGUGCCGCCGGAGGCCGUGUUGCCGUUGGUGUACUGGAUUCUCUUCAACAGCAUGGCGGCGUACUUCUUGAUUACAUGGGCGAAUCGGUACGCUCGCGCCGGCUUCGUCCUCGCCUACACUGCGCUGCAGCCCUUUACAAGUACAGUCCUCACUGCUGCCUUUGUGGUCUCGGGACACUUCCCGUCCCUAAGCCUUCCGGGCUGGAAUGCCCUGGGCGGCUUGGGCGUCGUGGCUGGUAUGCUGUGCAUCCUCUGGGACGGCAAGAGGCAACACGAGCACGACACUGCGGGGCACGAGCGCGAGGUUCCACUCAAUCAGGCGCGUCAGGUCCUGCCAGAUGCCUGUGAGCCGUCCUGA